AUGAAACCCUUCCACGACACACGGGGAUCAGGGGAACACUGGGACUACGGGAAGCUCGCCAUUGCCACAGCCUCCACUCUCGGAGUCAUCACCCUCGGGGCCCUCAUAUACUUACUAGUCUGGUACAUUAAACGAAGACUCCGCACCCAACGACUUCACCAGGAAAGUCAUGAGAAUGACCAGUUCGACCAGUCCGCAGUAUCCCUAGCCGAGGACACAAGCAGAACCCUAGAUGACUUCCUCAUGAAGGAUAUCCAGCCUGAACGAAGCUCAAUCAUGUUCAACAGAAGCCGGUCUCCGUCUAUCAGCAUCGUCAUUGAAGACGCAGACACUAUCCGCUGCAAGUCUUCACUUCGGCCUUACCUCAUACAAUAUGAUACAACUUCUUCAUCCAAUACAAGCACCUCACAGACCCUAACCCAGGAAUCGAGUCCCGAUGAACCGCGGUCAGACCAGACUCAGUGGAGCAGCUCGGGACAGCGUUCAUCAAGCACAACCCCAAGAGCGUCCACCUCGUCAUCCAUCAUCCCAACAUCAGAAUCGUCCCAAAUCUGGACUACAACUACCGGCACAUCGGAGCAGACUCAGAGCAGCUCGGGACAUCGUUCCUCAACUUCAACUCACAGAGCAUCUAUCUCCUCAUCUGUCGUUCCAACAGCCGGAUCCUCUCAGAUCUGGACUACCACUUCUGCUGGGACCGAGACGUUUUCGCUCAUAAGUCAAUCCUCAAAUUCCCAUCAAAGUCCAACUAGUCCAAUUGCAGCCCGCAACUCGCAGGUAUUUACACGUCGAUCGAAUGCUGCUUUUGGUGCAUCGAGUCGUCCGUCCAGUGUCUUGCAGGCUGCAUCUCGCAUGUUCAAUGAGGCGGAGGCUGCUCGGAUGGGUUACUCGAGGAAUUUUGGAUCUGUUGGGUCGAUGACUCCCACUCCGCCUGUUUCGCCGGUGUUGGUGGACGUUGCUGAGAAUGAUUUGCCGCCAUGGUCCUCUGUUCCCCCGGCCCCUUUUCCUUUUAGUCAGCCGUGA